UUUCGGCUGCGAAGAGAGCGUCGCCGAUCGAUCCAGAGGAAUAUAGCGGUUCGAGAGCGGGAUAAUUGGCGAAGAAAGGAAAAGAAAUGUGGAGGGUCGUGGUGGCGCGAUCGGACGAAAACAGCACGUUGCUGUCAUCGGAAAUCGGUUCUGGCCCGGUCGGUCCGGUCGGCCCGGUCGGUCCCAAUCACAUCUCCGGUCUUCCCGGUCCGCCUUCGACUCAUCAUCAUCACCACUGGGGCUAUCCACCGCCGCCACAUCCCUCUUAUCAGCCGCAGCAUUCCGACGCACCGCGCCAUCAUCAUGAUCCGCGUCCACCUCACGACCUCAGGCAUCCGGCCGCCACUACCACCAGCACCGCCGAUCUCAGACACGAGAUGCACAGAUCGGAUCCGAGGCAUCCUUCCGCCGCAUCGGAGAUGCAACAACGACACCAGCCAGCGGAAUUGCACAGACCCGAGAUGGUGCGACAUCAUCAGGAUUUGUCGGGAAUGAGGCCGGACAUGAGUAGCGAGAUGAGAUCUAGUCACGAGUUCCCCGAUCUUAAGAUCGACGUUGUGGACAUAAGGAGUCAGGAGAACGGGCAGCAGCAACAGCAACAACAACAGCAGCAGCAGCAGCAACAACAACAACAACAAACAUCGCAACAGAGAAACUUGAAAAGAACUAUGAGCGAUUCGGAUUGCGAUGACGUGUUUUCCGAAGAGAGCGGCAAAGAACCUUGUAAUUCGCCGGGAGGCGAUUCCUGUCAGCACGCGUCGCGAAAGCGAAGAAGAGGAAUGAUAGAGAAGAAACGUCGCGACAGAAUAAACGCGUCGCUCGGCGAGCUGCGGAGAUUAGUGCCGGCAGCAGCGAGAGAUCCUCACAGCGGCAAAUUAGAGAAAGCGGAGAUCUUGCAGCUCACCGUUGAACAUUUGCGAUCGCUACGAAACAAAGGUCCGGAAGGAUACGACAGCACGAAGCUAGCGAUGGAUUACCACGCGGUCGGUUGGGGCGAAUGCGCGGCCGAAGUUGGUCGCUACUUGGUCACGAUGGAAGGCCUCGACGAGAGGGAUCCUUUGAGGUUACGAUUGCUCUCCCAUCUGCAAAGUUUUCAUCGUGAUCAUCCUCCGUCCGCGGUACCCUCGUCCGUUCCCCCGGUGACGAGUUUGACGUCGUCCUCGACGAGCAGCAGCUACGAGCCGACAGCGACCUCGGUUCCCCCUGGAAUGCCACCUGGAACGGGUACUAUGCCACCUCUGCUGGGUGGUACCGCGCUCGGAUGGGGCCAGUAUCCCGGCCAGUAUCCCCAGCAGCAACACGGUAAACCUUAUAGACCGUGGGGUGCCGAACUGGCCUACUGAAACGCGGCCUAUCCUUAGACGAAGGUUUCGCCGCUUCCUGCGUCUUCUCGUCGUCUCGUCUCAUUUUCCAACGAACGUAGUUCUCUCCUGGCGUUUACGCGUUUCGGUUCCUCUUCCCAAUUCGUCUCAGGGAAUUCUCUUUUCUACGUUACGACACGGGACGGCACUUUACGUACGAUAGUCAUGCGAGUACCUAAUAAACAUCUAAUCUAUUUAUUCGAUUCGACUCGAUUCGCGAUGCCUGCCGAUCGAGCGUCGACCUUGUACAAUUUGUAUAUAGAUAUAAUCGCGAUUAUUGUAAAUAACGAAACGCGAUCGAAAUCGCUCGCUCUUAUUUCUAUUUUUUACUCCUUUAUAUUUCACGUUCCUCUUGUAACGAACAUAGUCUGCUCGUUUGUAUAAUAAUCGAGUCGAAAAUGUAUCGAUCGAACAAGUGCCAUUAAACGUAUCGCGCUGCGUACGUCCUAUGGAAGGAAACGCUCAAUGAUGUUUGCAAUAAAAUGACGAUAAGGAAACAUA